UUCCUUUAGCCCAGCAUUUCCAGAAUGGAAAAUAAUGAACGUGUCUUAAGGAGGAAAUUAGAAAUGGUCUGUGGUGUUCCCCUAUUCUGGAGUAUUGUUGAAGAAUGGGCCCAGGUGGAAUCAUUCCAGGCGAGGCCAGAUGACCUUCUCAUUUCCACCUACCCGAAAUCAGGCACAACCUGGAUCAGUGAAAUUGUGGACAUGAUCUAUAACAACGGUGAUGCAGAGAAGUGUAAACGGGAUGCGAUUUACCUUCGGGUCCCUUUCAUGGAGCUGAUCGUCCCUGGAAUUUCAAAUGGUGUUGCACAGCUGGCUAAAAUGCCCUCUCCCCGGUUAGUAAAGACCCAUCUUCCUGUUCAACUCCUUCCUGACUCCUUCUGGGAAAACAACUGCAAGAUCAUCUACGUUGCCCGAAAUGCCAAGGAUGUGGCAGUCUCUUAUUACCAUUUCUACCAAAUGGCAAAGAUGCAUCCAGAGCCUGGCACCUGGGAUGAAUUCCUGGAGAAGUUUGUAACUGGGGAAGUUGUGUUUGGACCUUGGUAUGAUCAUGUGAAAGGCUGGUGGGAGAAGAGAAAGGACAAGCCGAUUCUGUACCUGUUCUAUGAGGACAUGAAAGAGGUGCGGGAGGGAAAGAAUAUAAACUCAU